AUGUGUGCUCUCUGUGGGUUUUGGUGGCUGCUGGGAUUCUCCCCUUCAGACAAGAAGGCUUUCACUGCUCCAGAAGAGGAUGACCGCACUAGUCCAGUCCGCCAGUGUCUAGCAGGCCACAAGCGCCGGGCCACGCGCAUACUGUUGGCUAUCCUGUCCCGCCGUUUGCAGAGCGCUCUGGGCUAUCCCGUCUGCACCAGCAUCGGCCGCUCCUUAUCCCCAGGCAUGUAUAGUUAAGGUUUCCAUACAGUGUUUUAUCUGGAAUGGUAGUGGGGAAGUAGCUAUGUUAAUGUUUGCUGUUUAUUCCAGAGUUAGUCUCCCCCACUAAGCCCUGUGGGAAGGGCAACAAGAGAAGGCAUGCUGACAUUGAUGAAGAGGAGCACCAGACCUGGGUUGAGGCCCUCACUCAGGAGCUAGUGGAGGAUGAGGACCCUUCUGUUGAUCCUGACUAUGAGGUGGGUUCUCCUGCUACAGGUUGCUUUGACUGGGCCCAACCCUGGUUCUUCUCACUUGGGUAGUAUACUUGCUUUGAAAUGCACGCAAUAAACCAAUUUCUUCACACUUGUAUUCCAUGGCAUUUGGAUGGAUUUGACACUUGUGUACCACUCCCAGUCAGUCCUAGCAAACUUCUUGCUUGAUAAAUUGCUCUUUGCUAAGAAGCUAUUUUUGUUUCUUUUUGACCAUUUUAGUUGAAAACGUAAGGUACUUAAUUGUUACCCAGAAAUUAUUUGAAAUUGAGAUAAAGUCUGCAUUAGACCUUUAAUAGCUUCAGACAUGCAGUGUAAUAACUGAACAGCAGGUGGCAGUACCUGAUUUGGGUUAAGCCUGAAUCAUCUAGCUGUUUUGAAAGGUGGAUGACUUGAUAAGAUUGCAGUUGAUAGUUGUCACCAUAUGUAGGGAAACAUAAGAGGUACAAGCAUAACACGAGUACAAAGAGUUGGUUGCUACUUGACCCUUAGGUCUCAGUUAAGUAACAUCCUAGUUGAGAUACACAAAUUACUCGUACACAGAAUGCCAGUUAGAUCCGGUCUUUGUACUUUUAUGGACGCAUUCAAACUCAGUUGGCAGCACGUGCAUAUCUAAGCUAAAUACUGUACAGUUCAGAGGAUCUGGUUCAGAAAUUGAAAUGACUGAUUUCCAUUGUAAAAAGCAAGGUCCUUUGGGUAGAGUUUCUCGGUUAGCUGUCAAACAAUGGGUCUGAGUAUGUACUGUAAUUACAUAAUUGCCACCCACGGGCCUUCACCCCUCACCUUUAUAUGCUCAUGAACAUACACGAUGCAAAAUGGAAGCAUCAAACAGCUUUGUUUCCUUCAACAACAAAAAAACGUGUUUAAAUGAAUCAGUGUCUCAGAUGAAAGCUAAGUGGCUCUGUGGUACUUAUGUGUCUGACAGGAUACAGAGAUGGGGGUCGGGAUGAGUCUGCAAAGGGCACCAGUGCCCUCCCCCAGCCCUGUGCCCAUGCCCCUCCAGGGUGCCAGGCUCUAG